CAUGCUAACUGGAUUUCACGGUUCACCUUCUCUGUCCUCCCCUUUACUCCUCCCUACUCCACAAUCCCUUUAGCCAGAUGUACAGCUCCCAAAUUCCGGGCGAGAUUCCCAGGAACAAAGCAAGAAAAAAACAUCAGAACAAUUUGGGAAGUAAACAGCGGCGGAGAAGAAGGGAGGGAAAAGCCGGGUGGACCCAGGUGGGUGGCCCUCCAGUCCACCCAGUUAAGGGACUGCCUUUUCCCCCUCCCCUUUCACCUGGCUUUUAAGGGGCCGGACCCAGACCUCUGCUUCUUAAAGAGGAGCCCGCAGCAGCAGCUGCACUGGACUCUCUGGAAGGAGUGUACAGGGCAAAAACUCUGACCAUGACCUGGGACGGGCUGCCCACGCAGCCGCUGCUCAUGCUGCUAAUGCUGUUGUUCGCUGCGGGCUCAGGGUCCGCCUUAGCGGGGUGCCCCGGCUGCGGCCCUGGGGUGCAGACUGGCUGUCGCGGGGGCUGCGUGGAGGAGGAAGACGCGGGGUCGCCUGCAGAUGGCUGUACAGAAGCCGGAGGCUGUCCUAGGAGAGAGGGACAACCGUGCGGGGUCUACAGCCCUAAGUGCGCCCCAGGACUGCAGUGCCAACCCCGAGAGAACGAAGAGGCACCUUUGCGGGCGCUGCUGAUCGGCCAGGGCCGCUGUCAACGCGCCAGAGGGCCGUCGGAGGAGACUACAAAGGAGAGCAAACCCCAAGGAGGUGCCUCCCGCUCACGUGACACAAGCCAUAGAGACCGGCAGAAGAAUCCACGGACCUCUGCCGCUCCUAUAAGGCCCAAUCCUGUUCAAGAUAGUGAGAUGGGCCCCUGCCGAAGACACUUGGAUUCAGUACUGCAGCAGCUCCAGACUGAGGUCUUCCGAGGCGGAGCACGUGGGCUCUAUGUGCCAAACUGUGACCUCAGAGGCUUCUACCGAAAGCAGCAGUGUCGUUCCUCGCAGGGGAAUCGCCGUGGUCCCUGCUGGUGUGUGGAUCCGAUGGGCCAGCCUUUGCCAGUGUCUCCAGAUGGCCAAGGAAGCGCUCAGUGCUCUACCAGGAGCAGUGGGUGAAGCCCGGAGGGAGUCUCCGGGACGCCAGCAGGAACAGGGGGCUGUCAUUUGAGCUGUAUGUGAAGCAAUCAAUAACUCUGUGCCCCAAGACCCACCUUCACGCCCCGCCCUAUUGUCCCUGUCACCCUUGGGCCUUUACACAGCUAGUUAGAAAGAUUGCUGUUGGCUUGUGUACUAAUAAAACAGUAUUGGGGGGGUCUCUGGCUUA